AUGAAGUUCCAAAACUCCAUCGCCCUCUCGGCCCUCAUCGGCCUCGCCGCCGCCGAGGUGCCCCAGGAGCACUCCCACGAAAAGUACCUCCGCGCCGUCAACGCGCUCUUGAAGCAGGACAACCCCCUGAACAUCCAGGACGCCGUCUUCGGCCUCCUGGGCAAUGCCGCCGCGGAGGCCGGCGCCGGCGACGUCACAAACCUCGACUGUCUGCACCAGGCCACCGCCGACUCGGCCUUCACCGCCGCCAAGGCGGCCAACGACGUCGACGGCAUGGCGAGCGCGCUCGUCUUCCGCGCCGUGGAGCGCAACACGGGCUCCGUCGGCCUGAAGAGCGUGCUGUGCGACGAGACGGCGCAGAACCCCGAGAUUGCUGCUCUUACCCAGCACCAGGACCCUGCUUCGGAGGGUGCUGCCGCGACGAACAAGGAGAUUACGCUGGAGCUGGCGAGGCAGCUUGCUGCUGUUGGAGCUGACCCCAUGCUGGCGCUUGACUCGGGCACUUUCGAGCCAGGUGACCCGAACGACAACACUGGUGCGGGCAACACUUGCGACGACGCCGAUGAUGCUGAGGGAUGUAUCUUCUCCCAGAACCUCCUCGUCCAAGAUGCCACCCCGGAGGAGAUCCAGGCUGCCGUUGACGGUGCCGACGGAGCGGCCAGCAACUCUACCGCCGUCACCAAACUCAGACUCCGCCGUGCCACUCUCCUGAACCGCCGUGGAAAGAAGAACCAAGACGCCGCUACCGGUGCCGAUGCUUCUGCCAACGCCACCGCCGUUGCUGACAAGGUCCGUCGCGGCAACAAGAACAAGGACGCUGCCGCUGAUGCAGGGGCCGCUGCCAAUGCUACGGCUGUUGCUGAUAAGUUCCGCCGCGGCAACAAGAACAACGCCAACGCCAACGGCAAUGCUGCCGCUGCCAACGAGACUGCUGAUGCUGUCCAGUCUGCUGGAAACGGCGGCAAUGCGAACGCCAAUGGUAACCAGAACAACAACGCCAACGGCAACAACCAGAACAACAACGCCGACGAUGCUGCUGAUGCUACGGGCAACGGUAACGCCAACAACAACAACCAGAACGGAAACCAGAACAACAACGCAAACAACGGCAAUGCCGAUGAUGCUGCUGAUGAUGUCGCUGAUGAUGCCGCUGAUGAUACUGCCGAUGACAACACUGGCAACAACGGCAACCAGAACAACCAGAAUGGUAACCAGAACCAGAACGGCAACAACCAGAACAACCAGAACGGCAACCAGAACAACAAUGGAAACGCCAACAACGGAGGCAAUGAUGCCGCCACCGGAACCGACGUGCAGACCUUCACCGGCGACCUCGGCGGCCCCCCUCCCCCGGUCACCUCUGACGCCGCCUCCGACAAGCCCUUCUCCGUCAACGGCGCCACCUUCGUCAAUGCCGGCGCCGCCCUCCAGCGCUCCUGCGCCGUGCAACACAACGCCUGCGCUGACGCCGCGAACUCUGGCUCCGAGGACAUCACCGUCGCCGACUGCGACGCGCAGGAGGACGACUGCCUCGCCGCGGCCUCCCUCAAGAAGCUCCGCCGCUCCUCCAGCGUCGGCUCCGAGGGCCGCAAGAUGCGCAUCGCCAGCAACGCCAUCAAGACGCGCCAGAACCUCGACUUUGGCGAGUGCCAGGACCCCAGCAUCGAGUUCGCCGCCGGCCUCGACGGGCGCAAGGAGGCGUCCUUCGGCCCCGCGGGCGACUUUGAGCACGGCUCGGCGCUCAACAUCAACAUCAUCAGCAGCUUCAUCUGCGGACAGCUGUCGUCGAGGUGCCAGGCUUCCGACGACGCUGUUGCUGCGUGUGAGCAGGGACAGGCUGACGCCCAAGGAUUGCAGGGCCAGGCGGCUGCUGAUGCCUUUAACACGGCUCUCGGUCUGUAG